CCAGGAGAGCUCAGAGGUACCCAGUGGGCAAUCUGCACAUCAGUGUCAAACACACUUGGAGUCAAUAUUUAUGCUCGUAGAGGACAACAUCAUCUCUUUUGUGAGGAAACAACUGAAGGAACUACAGGAGGUUUUACAUGCAGAUUUUCCAGAAUACUUAGAAAGUCAGAGCAAGGAUGAAGAGAUGCUGGAGGCUGAGGUUAAAGAGCAGAGGGAAAACAGCAGAGAGGCUUUUGUGAAGAUUACACUGCACUUCCUGAGGAAAAUUAAGCAAGAGGAACUUGCUGAUAGUCUGCAAAACAAAAUCUUUGCUCGACGUUAUCAAUAUGAGCUUAAAUCUCACCUAAAGAAGAAAUUUGGGUGUGUGUUUGAGGGGAUCGCUAAAACGGGAAAUCCAACCCUUCUGAAUCAGAUCUACACUGAGCUCUACAUCACAGAGGGAGGGACUGGAAAUGUGAAUGCCAAACAUGAGAUCAGACAGAUUGAAACAGCAUCCAGGAAACUACACAAAAAAGAAACAACAAUUAGACAAGAAGACAUCUUUAAAGUCCCACCUGGAAGAGAUAAACCAAUCAGAACAGUCCUGACAAAGGGAGUGGCUGGGAUUGGGAAAACAGUCUUAACACAGAAGUUCACGCUAGACUGGGCUGAAAAAAAAGCUAACCAGAACUUUCAGUUCAUAUUUCCAUUUGCUUUCAGAGAGCUGAAUGUCCUUAAAGAGAAAAGGUUUAGUUUGGUGGACCUUGUUAAUCUCUUCUUUAGUGAAAUCAGAGAAGUAAGAAUCUGCAACUUUGAGGACUUCCAGGUUUUGUUUAUCUUUGAUGGUCUGGAUGAGUGCCGACUUCCUCUGGAUUUCCACAACACUGAGCUCAUAUAUAUAUAUAUCCAUCUGAGUGUUCAGGAGUUUCUGGCUGCUCUUCAUGUCCAUCUGACCUUCAUCAACACUGGAGUCAAUCUGCUGGAAGAACAACAAAACACCUCCAGGAACUUUGAAACAAGACAACAUACAGGGUCUCAAUUCUAUGAGAGUGCUGUCAAAAAGGCCUUACAGAGUCCAAAUGGUUUACUGGACUUGUUUCUUCGCUUCCUCCUGGGUCUUUCACUGCAGUCCAAUCAGACCCUCCUACAAGGUCUUCUGACACAGACAGGAAAUGGCUCACAGAUCAAUCAGGAAACUCUAUAUCUGCUGGACUGAAGCAUCCACACAUUACACUGAAAACUAUCAGACUGAGUGGCUGUGACCUAUCACAGAGAAGCUGUGAAAUUAUAUCCUCCAUUCUCAGUUCCCAGUUCUGUAGUCUAAUUGAGCUGGACUUGAGUAACAAUGAUCUGGCAAAAUCAGGAGUGAAAGUGUUGUCUUCUGGGUUAGAAAGUCUUCACUGUAAACUAGAAACACUCAGCUCUGAGCUCCAACCCUUCUUAUCUGAGGGAGCUACAAUCAUCCAGGACAGGAACAAGUAAAGCAGCUGUCCGCUAUACUGAAGGAUCCAUCCUGGGGACUCCACACUCUUAGGUAUAAGACUUAGGGUGGAGCCUGCUGGAGUCCGAUGGUUGAGACCAGGCCUGAGGAAGUAUUCCUGUCGACUCACAAUCGACACAAACACAGU